CGAAAAGAGAAAAACAAUAUAAGAGACAUUCCUUUGUCCCGCCAACUAGUCUCCGUCUGUCUUCAUUCGGCAGUUUCUAACGUCAAAAUCAAAGUUCGCCCAUUUACAGAAAUUUACAACAAAUUACAAGCAUGUUUUUCACUCAACACCUCAAACAAUAUUCCCUUCUACAAUUCCCGGCCACCAUCAUCCUUAUAAUUGACACCAACAAUCCACAUGGACGCGGUUACUGCUACUUCAACAUCAAGAAGGUUUCGGUUCAGGGAUCACAGUCAAGAUAUCCUCGCCGAUCAAGAUUAUUCAACCGAUGCUCAUUCCAGCGCUGACUCUUCCUCUGUUUCCAGCGAAUUUGAUGCUGAUCCUGAGCUCCAGUCCAUGACUGCUAAGGGCAUUACUCAUCUUUGUUCAGAACUCCUUGAGUUGAAAAGAGAGUCUGGGGAAGAUUUUCAGAAAAUUGUCUUUACCAAUUAUUCAGCAUUUAUAGGGAUAUUUGAAGGGACUAAAAAUCUAGAGAGUGAUCUAUUGCAACUGAAGUACCAGGUUUCAAAGCAGAAAAGGAUCAUAAAAGACCUUGCAAAUGGCGAUUUUCUAAAGUUUCUUGCAGAGGAGACAAUAGAAUCAAAGCUUGAAGAAAGUUUACCAGAUUACACAUCUUUGUCCAGCAUUAUUGCUGCUCACACCAAAGAGGUCUCUGAAAUCUUGGAUGAUCUUCUUUCAGAACAGCGAUUGGACGAAGCUAUUUCUUUCUUGGAGAAGGAAGCUAAGUUCUUCAAAGAUAUCAAGUUGGCAGAGACUUCAUCAGAUGAAGUGAUGGGCUAUAACUCUACGAUAUCAGAGAAGAGGUCUAUGAUUGCAGAUCAGUUGACACUGGUUGCACAAAAUCCUCGAGUUUCUGCACCUGAACUGCAGAAAACAUUGGUUUGGCUUUGCAGAAUUGGUGAUAAUAAUCUUGCAACUCAAUUAUUGCUUAAAUAUUACCAUUCACGUAUUGCAUCUGGCACACAUGAUUUGUUUUCUUCAAAGGCAUAUCCACAUGGACUAUAUCUUCGAGAUGUCUCCAAGUUUUCGUUUUCCAUGAUGUCCCAAGCAGCUAAAAGUUUCACUCUCUUGCAUGGCGAGAAUUCUCCUCACAAGUCAGAAUUACAUCGGUGGGUGAUGGAACAAACUGUGACUUUUGCUUUCUAUUUCAAUAAUUAUGUCAAAUCCAUGGUAGAGCCAAGUAGUGGCCUAUCGACAGCAGUGGAAGCUGUGCAAUCCACAAUGUCUUAUUGCUCUUUGUUAGAGGCACAGGGAAUUGAAUUGCGAUCAUCUUUGAUAGAGCAUAUCCGUCCCAGUAUACAAAAAGUUUUUCAGAUCCAUAUAGAACACUUAAAGAAAGUGAUUGGUAUCAUUACCUCAUCUGAUACUUGGGUACUUGGAAGAUAUCUAGUAUCAGGAAUUCUAUCGCCUGAUAGUUAUUCCGCUAACAGUGGCCAGCUAUCGGAGUAUUGUCUGCUUGCAAACAGUGGUCGGAAGUUCAUAACACUAAGUCAGGCUAUACUUGAAGAAGUUUCUCCUCUAAUCGAAAUGCAUAUUGAAGGCUCACUUCUGAGAGGGCUUUUGGAUCUUUUCACAGUGUACACUGCUAUUCUCGAAAGUGCACUGCUGAAUCCGACAGAAACCGAGGAAGUUGAUUCAAGAAUCAAUAUUGCAGAGUCAGUGGAACAACAAAUUUCCCUUAUUGCUAACUUAUCAAUAAUAGCACAAAUAUUCUCCAGCAUGAUUAGGAAGGCUUUCAAUGACACCUACCACUUGCAGUUUGAGAUUGAUGAUUAUGAGCUCUUCAUUCAUCGAAACUGUGAUCGACUAAGAUCUCAAUUCUGCAAGAAAUUAAUUCUUAAAUCCUUGCCACUUGAAAGUGAUUAUAGAUGUAAUCCUUCUCCAGCAUGUUGCACUGAUCUAGAGCCCUCUUCUUCUUACCAGGAACUGUAUUUCGCGUUAAGGAAACUAAAAGAGCAUGCCGAGGACACUGUUAUCAAAAUGAAUUGGUUAAAGGAUCUAUUCGGUGAGCUGAUGGAGAUGAUUUUGGAUAAAGAAGAUAUUUCGAACAUCACUGAAGAGAAUUUGCCAAACGAAAGGUGUCGCAAGUUUAUACAGCUUAGUCUUGACAUCCACUUUCUCCUUGAAAUUGCUAAAUGGGGAGGAUACUUGUCUGAUACUGUCAUGAAUGCCUAUUCGGAUUAUGAAUCUCGUACAAAAUCUGCAUUCCUCUCAGCUGGGAUGGAUCCUGAAAGGCGCAUGAGCUAUACUGGAUGGGCGACAAGGACUGCUAUUGAAACACUACAGAAGCUGCAUGAAGUUGAUAAAAGGGAAAUUCAUAGCAAUGAGAUUAUUGAUGCUACUGAAGAAGAAACAAAUGAAUCUAAUUUACACAACUCUACUGAAUCAUUUGGGAGCAAUGAUGCUACUAACUCGGUAGAGGUAUUAAGACCCCUGGAUGCACCAGAGGUUACAUCUUGUACCAAGAUUCUGGAAACAUGUGUUGUACCUAAGGAAGGUGAUGAAGAUGUUGAAGAAUAAAAUGGCCUUUAUCAUAGUAAUAUUGUGAAUUUUGUUGCUGAGACAGAAAGGUACUUCUGUUGAAGUAGAAGGAAAUGAAAGCAAGCCAUUAUCUCUGGAUAAUGAACUUUUAAAAAACGGGUUGAAUAUGGAUAAGAACUAUAUUAUCCAUUUAGAUAAUCAAUGGAUAACUAAUGGAUUUAACUUUUACAUGUGUAAAACCUCAAAUUGGGGGUUCCUUAAGUUUGGGAUACUAUGAAUUCUCCCAAAAGUGAUCAUAUUCAAUGAGUCAUGGAUAAUGUGGAUAUCCAUAUUUUGAGUCGGUUAA